AUGUGGAAUGAGAGGCUUGUUAAUGUUUUGCUAAAUAUUGGUUUUGUUCAAUCUAAAUGUGAGUAUUCCAUGUUUAUAAAAAAUAAUGAUGGUGUGUUUAUUGUUCUCCUUGUUUAUGUAGAUGAUAUAAUUGUGACAGGGAACAAUGAAAAAGAAAUCAAUAAUGUCAAAACAUUUUUAAAAUCAGAAUUUUUAAUCAAAGACUUGGGUCAGUUAAAGUUCUUUUUGGGAAUAGAAGUUAUAAGAACUGAUGAAGGUAUUGCUUUGUCUCAAAGGAAGUAUUGUAUGGAUCUUCUAAAUGAAUUUGGCAUGAGUGGCUGUAAGCCUGUGAGUUGUCCUAUUGAGCCAAACUAUUCUGUUUCAAACUUGUGCAAAAAGGAAGCUUCAAAUUUUGUCGAUAUAUGCAAAUAUCAGAAACUUGUUGGAAAGUUAAUUUAUCUAUCUCAUACAAGACCUGAUAUAGCAUACACUGUUCAUUAUCUUUCUCAACACAUGCAUAAGCCCACUGCCGCUCAUUCUCAAAUUGCUUUUAAAUUACUAAGGUAUUUGAAGAAUGCUCCUGGUGCUGAUUCAGAUUGGGCAAAGUGUGUCGAUAGUAGAAAAUCUGUCACUGGUUUUGGCAUCUUUCUGGGAAAUUCUUUAAUUUCUUGGAAAAGUAAAAAACAGAGUGUGGUAUCUAGAUCAUCUGCUGAAGCAGAAUACAGAUCUAUGUGUGCUGCACUUUGUGAGAUUAUGUGGUUGAUCAAUGUGUUGCAAGAAUUACAAGUUAAAAUUGAUUUACCUGUUAUGUUAAAAUGCGAUAGCAGUGCUGCUUUAUCUAUCGCGGCAGAUUCUGUGUUCCAUGACAAAACCAAACACUUUGAGAUUGAUCUUUUCUUUCUUAGAGAAAAGAUAGCUUCUGGGUUAAUUAAAACUGUUGGUGUUAGCUCUGGUGAUCAAUUGGCUGAUAUUUUCACGAAAGGAUUACUUCCAGCCGAUCAUAACAAAAUGUGUAAGUCUUUAGGUUUAUCUAAUCCUUUUGAUUUGAGGCUGCCUCUAAAGUUGACCGUUGCUUCAGUUUGGGCUGGAUAUUAG